GGUCCGCCAGACUAUAAAAGGAGCGCAUUCUAACCCGUUCACCCUGCAGCCUGCUCCUUGACACCCACCACACACCCACGGUAACCAGAGGCCACCACCAUGACGAGGGACCAGAAUGGAACCUGGGAGAUGGAGAGUAAUGACAACUUUGAAGGCUACAUGAAGGCUCUGGAUAUUGAUUUUGCCACCCGCAAGAUCGCCGUCCAUCUGAUUCAGACCAAGAUCAUCGAGCAAGACGGUGAUAAUUUCAAGACAAAAACCAACAGCACGUUCCGUAACUAUAACGUAGACUUCACGGUCGGGGUGGAGUUUGACGAGUACACAAAGGGUCUGGACAACCGGAAUGUUAAGACGCUGGUCAUCUGGGAAGGUGAUGCCCUUGUCUGCGUGCAGAAGGGGGAAAAGGAGAACCGUGGCUGGAAGCAGUGGGUGGAGGGGGACAAGCUGUACCUGGAGCUGAGGUGUGGUGACCAGGUGUGCCGUCAAGUGUUCAAGAAGAAGUAAUGGCCGGAGAGGGGCCUACUGAGCAUGCACUCCCCACUCCCCACUCUCUGUAAAGAGUUCCCCGACUGGCUUGGGAAGCAGCCAAGGGGACCCUCCCACUCCUGACAGAGCCCAUUAAGGCAUCUGGAUGGGUUUUAAACAGAACGCAUGUGUAACAGUGACAGACACAUUCUUCCUUCCUUGGAAGCUGGCAUUAAACGAAAAAAC